AUGUCUUUCCCAUCAAUGGAAAGCCUCUGGCUCCUCGGGACAAUAUUCCUGGCUGGAACAGGACUCUAUAUCAUCGCGACUCAAGUAUUCAGCAUCACCAUUAUUCCCCUGGCCCAACGCAACCGGAAACACUCAACUGCCCGAACACCACCUCGCUCUAUCUCCCCAGAUAGAAAGUCCACUAAUUCAAACCCAUCUCAUGCAAACACCCUCCCGCCCUCACGCAGACAUACCCUGAUCGACCUCGACAACCAAGCCCGACGCGAUGUGAGCGAUGGCGAAAUCCUCUCGAACCUCUUACCCAUGAGCGCCAACUACAACCAAAGCCCAAGCACCAAGUACACAGCCAUGGGAUUCGGCAUCGACGAAAUCAAAGCUCUAGGAAACUUCCCCGACUACGCAACCCUAAGCGGAGUCCCACUCCCAACCCCAUAUCCCGAAUUCGAUAUCGCAAAGGCCCUACCGCGGCCAUAUCGCCCAUUCAGAUGGGCAUACCAUCAAACCAUGUCCCUAACAAAACUCGACGUGGACUGGUGGAUCGAGCUCGAAAACAGCUAUACAAGCCGCAUCGCGCAGCGGAAAGAGCUAUUCGCGAAGAAUGGUACACAGGUACUAGACGCUAUGCCGGGGUCGGAGUUGGCGUGCAAGGAGUUGAUGGAGAUGGUUUUGCAGUUCAUUUGUGCCAGGUAUCCGCAGUACUUUACUUUGGUUGAUGGGCGGAUUUUGGAGAAUAGAAUACUCGGCACGGAGCAGGAUGUUACGAUGAAGCCUCCGCUUGAGGUUCUUUUGGAUAAUGUGCCGGAAGAUUUUGCGAUUAUGCUGAGGGAUGAGAGGACGGGGUUCUAUUUCUUGCGUGCGGCUGUGAUUUGCUCGGCGCUGGGGUGGAAUGUUGCUUCCAAGGUUGGGAAGCAGUUGCAUGAGAUUCAUGAGCCGAUUCCGGAUUAUAAGGAGAAGAUGCAGUUUUCUAUGGAUCGGUUCUUCACGAAGAUGCCUACCGAGAAGCCGAUCCAGCGGGGAUCAUGGGGGCUUGAGAUUGGGAAGCCACUUUAUAUGCCACCGGGUGAUCCUCAUGAAUCAGUUCGAUUGUCGCAGAGAAGCGAUUUGACGAUUGACGAAUGCCACUUGCGGGUCGAUUGGCAGACGUUAAGGCGUCUUCCCCUGUCAGGGGGAGUCGUGUUCAAUUUCAAGGCUCUGUUCACUCCUCUCAGCGAACUGCGAGAUGAGCCUGGCGUGCCGGAGUUGUUGAUGAAGGUUCUCACGGAGGGGAAGAAGAGUAUCAUGGAUUACAAGGGUGUUUGGCAUGUGGAGCAUGUUGCACUUCCGAAUUUGAAACUAUGGGCCGAAGAACAGAGGGAAAACGGGUUGGUCCCCAAGGACUGGGAGGUGGCUACCUUAGAUGACAGCCCUUGGUUCAAGGGCUGGCGGGAGAAGUGGCAUCGCCAACAAGGAUUCUGA